AACUACAUUACCCAUAAUUCCUACUUCCGCAUCCUAACGUUAACUGUUAGCAGCAGAGCAUGUUGACUAGCAAGAAGAAGAAGUAGUUACUUCUGUCUGGUCUUGUCUCUGCUUGUUAGUCUUAGUUGCAGUGUGACAAGCAGAGUUGUGGAGCACAAACGACCAAAUGCAGACAGCUCCGGACAUGAAAGGUGUGUGUUCCUGCCAUAAGUAGCAGUGAUGGAGGGAGAAGCCCAAAGGUCAACUGCGUCCUGGGAGAAUGGCACCCUGGCUCCCAUGGACCACCUUCGCUGCGAAAGGGGGGACAGCCCCACACCAGGUCUGGUGGAGGGAACUGAACCAGGUGCUGGUCAGAAGAGUGCCAUGUUCGCCCACACACAGUCUUUCGAGGAUCUGACUGCUGCGGCCGAGGAAGAGGUUCGGAGGGAGGCCGACCUGGACAAAUCAGGAGAGUGUGCAGACGAGCUGAAGGCGCUGGCGGGAGACAAGACCAUAGAGGAGCAACUCAACAACGACAUUACGUCAGAGAGUAGGACUAAGGAGGAAGACGUGACCAGUGAGGCGUGGAGGAGCCACAGGAAACACGUGUUUGUGCUGAGCGAGGCGGGAAAGCCGAUCUACACCCGCUACGGCACGGAGGAGGCUCUGUCCAGCACCAUGGGAGUGAUGAUGGCCCUCGUGUCCGUCCUCGAGGCCGAGAAGAACAUCAUUCGCUCCAUCCAUGCAGAUGGCUGUAAAGUGGUUUUCCUCACCAAGAGUCCUCUGGUCCUGGUGGGCGUGUCUCGAACCUGUCAGACCGACAAGGAGCUGCUCCGGGAGCUGCAGUACAUCUACUACCAGAUCGUCAGCCUGCUCACCCUCACCCAGCUCAACCACAUCUUCCAGCACAAGCAGAACUACGACCUGCGCCGCCUGCUGUCCGGCUCCGAGUACCUCACAGACAACCUGCUGCAGCGGCUGGACCGAGACCCCGGACUGCUGCUCAGCGCCGUCACCUGCCUGCCUCUGGCCAGCUGCGCCAGGGACGUGGUCUCAUCCAGCCUGCAGGCCGCCAAAUCCAAUAGCCUGGUGUUCUCCAUCCUGCUGGCGGGGGACCGCCUGGUCACUCUGGUGAGGAAAAAGGACCAGUUCCUGCACCACAUAGACUUGCACCUGGUCUUCAACCUCGUCGGCUCCUCCACGUCCUUUCGAGAGGGCGAAGGCUGGACGCCGAUCUGUCUGCCAAAGUUCAACACUGCAGGGUUUUUCCACGCUCACAUUUCUUACCUGGAGCCCGCGUCCGAGCUCUGCCUCAUCCUGGUCUCAACCGACCGAGAGGACUUUUUUAACAUGUCCGACUGCAAGCAGCGGUUCCUGGAGAGGCUGCGCAAGCGCAGUGCCUACCAGGCCAUGAAAGAGGCUCUUAAAUGUCCCAGCUAUUCUGUGGCGCAGGUCGGCAUCCCGGAGCUCCGGCACUUCCUGUACAAAUCAAAGAGCUCAGGGCUGUACACCAGUCCAGAGUUCCCUGAAGUGUACCAGUCUGAUGAAAAGCAGGAGAGGCUGAUGGGACUGUACCAGGACCUCCACAGCAGCCUGCAUCAUCCAACAAGACCUCUCCGCUCCUUCUACCGCUGUAGUGAAACUGAAAACCUCCUGGCAUGGGUGACGAGUGGCUUCGAGCUCUACCUAUGCUUCAGUCCUCUGGGGACCAAGGCCCUGGCCGUCUCUGCUGUCAACAAACUGCUGAAGUGGAUCAGGAAGGAGGAGGAUCGCCUCUUCAUCCUGAGUCCUCUCACAUACUGAGCCCUUGCUGCCGGCUGACCUCCUGAAACAAGAAGCAUCACCCUGAACCUCCACGGGCCUGGUGGUGCUGCUAACAGAUGAUGCAGAUGUCAGUUUAGUGUUCACCAAUGAUUGUCAGAGCUACGCUUUUUUUCUUUCUUUCUUGCUUUGGGUUCCUCUGAUCUAAUUGUGAUUAAAUCAAAGCUGUAUUUUAUCUGGCUAGAUUUUUAUAACUUAAAUUUUGAAUAACAACAGAUGAAAGCAGCAUCAUCCAUGACAAUAACAUGAACAGUGUUUGUAUGCUGUUGAAGUUGUUUCAUAAAUAAUUAUUUUACUGUAACAGACCUAGAAUGCCUCUCACAAUAUGCUGUCUUUGUUUUAUAAACGCUAUCUGCUCAGCUCUUAAAAAAAUCAAGAAUAAAAUUUGAAUUAAAAAACUGGAAUUUUCUGCAGUAGAAUGUAUAAUAAUGUUAUAAUAAUAAUAUGGGUUAACCACAUUCCUGUUGUGUUUUAUCUUUACAUGAUGACCAAUAACUGUAAUCAUGAUUUUACCUCUAUGCACUUUCUUUAUGCAAAAGACACUCCGAAGAGAAACGUGUUCAUGAGUCUGUGACCUGUUUACUGCUGUCGUUUGUGUUAACAUGUGUUGUUAAUGUCGGUGUCAAGGAAUCUUAAUUUCAGUCACAUAAUCUUCUUGUGUCCGUUAAUUUGCCAUAUGUAUAUUAACUAAGAAAGUAUUGUUUGACAUUUUAUCUGCUUGUGUCUAAUCCUAAAGGUUUACGGUAUUUCAUGGGAUCCUGUUUUGCUUAAGGAGUCCAACGUUGCCACAUCUGCCUCCACUAAUCAUGCCUUAACUAAAAAAAAAGCCAAUAAAAGGUUGUAACAGUGCAGAUUAAUGACUGCUGCACAAUUCCAGAAUUAUUAGAUAUAAAUAAAUAUUUGGCUGGUAAUUAAA